AAUUUCACCACGGCUCACUGUCGAGACAUACAGAGAUGCCUGAAGGGAAGUUUAGGGAGAGCCAUGGUCGACACUCCUCUUGGAGGAGAUACCAGUAUGAUGGUCGGAGGGUGUGGAAGACUGGGGGGGAAAAGAGUGGCUGGCUGGAGUCAGUGGGCAAAGUUGCAAAGGAAGCAUUUCUUCCUCAAGGCUAUCCUGACAGUGUGAGCUCAGACUACCUCUCCUACCAGCUAUGGGACACCUUGCAGUCCUUCUGUUCCUCCAUCACUGGUACCUUGGCGACACUGGCCGUGUUGAAGGGGGUGGGCGUGGGAGACAGUACUGCUACUCCACUUGCAGCCACCAUCACCUGGAUGCUCAAAGAUGGCACAGGAAUGCUGGGCAGAAUUCUCUUUGCUUGGUUAUGCGGAACUGAUCUGGACUGUUUCUCAAAGCAGUGGAGAUUGGUGGCUGAUGCUCUCAAUGACCUGGCUAUUCUACUGAACCUGAUUGCUCCCUUAUUUCCUGGUGUCUUCUUAUUCAUAGCCUGUUUUGCAAGUCUUUGUAGGGCAAUUGUGGGUGUGGCCGGUAAUGCAACGAGAGCUGCCUUCGUGCAGCAUCAGGCACGGAGGAACAAUAUGGCCGAUGUGGCUGCUAAAGACGGUAGUCAGGAAACACUCAUGAAUCUCGUUGGUCUGAUAGUGAACCUGAUCAUCAUUCCCACGGUGGCUAGCAGUCAAUCAUUGAUCUGGCUGAUGUUUGUGGUGUUCACUGCACUGCACCUGUGGGCCAACUACUGUGCUGUCACUGUCCUCUGCAUGGAGACACUCAACAAGAACAGACUCCAUGUUGUUGUGCAGCACUACCUCAAGACAGGAGAUGUGCUAACUCCCAAACAAGCCAACGCUCAAGAGCCUGUGCUCAGACGAAUUCCGAUGAGGUUGAACUAUAGUCUUGGGUGUCCGCUGAGUAAGGCAUUGCAGUCUGCAACCAACGACUACAUCAGAUUGAAUAACUACAUGUUCAUACCUCACAGUGGUGGACACAAAGUGUCAGUUUGUCUUCACGAGGAGAGUGAUAGGAAGGAUCAGUUAAGAGCAGCUCUGACUGUGGAGUGUGCCGAGUUCAUAUGCACAUCUGGAAUGACAGGGCCCGUGCUGACCCAUGAAUAUGCUCAGUAUCUAGGUGGAGAAGGCAAUGCUUUAAAGAUGGCACAGUCAAUAAUGGACAAAUCUUGUGAAGAGUUCAUCUCCGCCUUGUCUACUGUUGGAUGGGUGACCUCUCACGUAUUGUUAGGGGCUGAAGAAUGGCGUUAUAGCUGGUCACCUGACAAAAACACUUAGUUUUCAAUUAUAGUAUUGUUGUACACUCUUAACAAUUUUCAGUAUUUACAUAACAUUUUGUGAUGUGGUUUAUUAUGCUGUAGAUGCAUCUUCAAUGAAUAAUGUUAACUUUGCACCCAGCAACACACUGAAGAGUUGCAAGGCUAGCAUUAAAGCAUGGCUGAAGCGAAGGAAAGAUGCUAUAAGAUCAUUCUAAUGGGAGAUGAAUCAACGGAGAGAGCUAGAUUGUUUAAGUACAUGGCAAAUCUGGCUCCUGAUAAGAGAAAGGAGACAAGAGACAGUUGGACUGCUACUUUUACUGUGUCUGACAUAACUGUAGAGGUCCGUGUGAGUGACACACCCUCAAAAGUGGUGUCUCCAAAGAGCUACUACUUUUCGGCGGAUGGUGCUAUACUCGUGUACGACACUACGGAUCUGGAGACACUGAACAAUCUACAGCACUGGCUCAAAAUGCUGAGAUGGGCGAGGGGGAAAAUGCAACCAGUAUGUGCUCUAUGGGGUAACAAAGGCUCUGGUUGGAAUUCUGUUGAGGAGGCCAAUGUAACUGGUUUUCAAGAUAGGAACGAGGAGAAAGUUCGUCUAUUAGCUAAAGUGGAUGUUUCCAAUGACGAUGGUCAUAUCAUGGAACAAUUUAAUGAGCUAUUAAAAGAAAUUCAUUUUACUCACACAAAGAGUUAUCCGUCGCUGCGACAGAAUACCGGAAUAGAUACUGGCAGUGUUGUGCAUUUGGAUGAUUAUUCGAAUGAAAGUAAAACUGGAAAGAGUGGAUGCUCGUGUUGAAUUUGUUGAUAUUUUACUCGCUAUUUUACACGCUUCGCUUAUAUUUGCACCAGCACUUUUUGUGUCCAAUCUCUGUGUUGUAUAUAUGCUCUGUGUGUUUGGAUACAUUUUUUAAAAUUGG